GUGAGGAGGCGGGCCGGCGUGCCCCCUGAAUGGCGAUCGGAGCGUGUGGCGCUCGGGCAGCGCCAGCAUCAACAUCAACCAGGCGGCCGUCUACAUCGAGCCCGGGCAACACCAACACCAGGCGGCCGUCCACAGCGAGCUCGGGCCGUGGGUAGCGUUAAUACCAGCACCAGCCGACCGACCCCAGCCAGCCCGGGCCCAGCCUCAACAUGUCCGACUGCAGCCGAGUAUCGCAGCUCGAGUGCGAGCUCUACUACUUGAUCGCCCGCUUCCUCCUCGCUGGACCCUGUCAGAAAUCGGCGCGGGUCCUGAUCCAGGAGUUGGAGGAAUAUCAGCUGGUCCCUCGGCGUCUGGACUGGGAAGGGAAGGAGCAUCGGAUGAGCUUUGUGAGCCUGGUAUUAGCCAACAAACAUGUAUCUUCAGAUCACUUGCUGCAAAUCUGUCAACGGUUUGGCCCCCUGUUGGAUAAGGAAAUCCCACCCAGUGUUCCUGGAGUGCAAACCUUACUGGGAGUUGGGCGACAGUCAUUGUUACGGACUAUAAAAGAUUGCAAACAUGUAGUGUGGAAAGGUUCGGCCUUCGCUGCUCUUCAUCGUGGAAGACCACCAGAACCUCCUGUGAGCUACGGAAAAUGUCCAAAUGCUGUGAAUAUUAUCACUUCGAAACAACUGACGGGAUGUGGAAGACAGAGCCAUGUUUUUCCUGUUGUGGCUUACCAGCAUGUGAAAAUGUACAAGAGGAUACUUGGGCAUCUUUCCUCUGUAUACUGCAUUGCAUUUGAUCGUUCAGGGAGGAGAAUUUUCACGGGUUCAGAUGAUUGCUUGGUAAAGAUUUGGGCCACUGAUGAUGGACGACUUCUGUCUACUUUACGUGGGCACUCAGCUGAAAUUUCUGAUAUGGCUGUUAACUAUGAGAACACAUUGAUUGCUGCCGGCAGCUGUGAUAAAGUGAUACGUGUUUGGUGCUUAAGGACAUGUGCUCCUAUUGCAGUACUGCAAGGACAUACUGGAUCUAUAACAUCUUUAUUGUUUUGCCCUGGCACCAGAGGAACAACACGAUACCUGACGUCUACAGGUGCAGAUGGGACCAUAUGCUUUUGGCAAUGGAAUAUGGAGACUAUAAAAUUUAAUGAACUUCCAGUGAAAUUUACAGAUAGAUCCAGGCCAGCAAGUCAAAUCUCCUGCUCUUCUUUCAGUUCUGGGGGGAUGUUUAUAGCAACUGGAAGUACAGAUCAUGUGAUUAGGGUUUACUACUUGGGUUCCGGUUCGCCAGAAAGGAUUUCUGAGCUGGCAUCACAUACGGAUAAAGUUGUCGCAAUUCAAUUCUGCAACAAUGGUCACAGCUUAAGAUUUCUUAGUGGCAGCCGAGAUGGAACAGCUAGAAUCUGGCAAUAUCAACACCAAGAGUGGAAGAGUAUAGUUUUGGAUAUGUUUACAAAAUUACCGGGGAGCAAUUCAAUUUCCAUGGAAGACAAAAUCAGUAAGUUGAAAGUGACCAUGGUAGCCUGGGAUCGCUGUGACAGCACAGUAAUCACAGCAGUGAACAAUUUUCAUUUGAAAGUGUGGAACUCCUACACUGGCCAGCUGCUUCAUGUUCUCUCGGGUCAUGAUGAUGAAGUUUUUGUGCUAGAAGCUCAUCCAUUUGAUUCCAGGAUAAUGUUAUCUGCAGGGCAUGAUGGCAACAUUUUCAUCUGGGACCUAUCAAAAGGAACCAAACUCCGGAACUUUUUUAACAUGAUUGAAGGUCAGGGUCAUGGUGCUGUGUUUGAUUGUAAAUUCUCUGCGGAUGGAUAUCAUUUUGCAUGCACUGACUCUCAUGGACAUUUACUGAUCUUUGGAUUUGGCUGCAUUAAACCAUAUGAAAAGAUUCCAGACCAAAUGUUUUAUCACACUGAUUACCGUCCUCUUAUCCGUGAUUCCAAUAAUUACGUCCUGGAUGAGCAGACACAGCAGGCACCUCAUCUCAUGCCUCCCCCAUUUCUGGUUGAUGUGGAUGGAAACCCCCACCCAACACACUAUCAACGGCUGGUGCCUGGUCGAGAGAACUGCAUGGAUGAACAGCUUGUUCCACAGUUGGGCUAUAUGGCAAAUGGUAAUGGAGAAGUUGUGGAACAAGUCAUCAGCCAACAGACAGAUGAUCAGUAUGAGAAUAACCAGGAAACCAGUGUUCUGGAUGAUGCUAUUAGAGAACUCCAGCGAGAACAUGAAAUGAGGCAGAGAAGUGAAGGAAUAUCUAUACCAGAUGAUCCUUACAGUAGAUCAAAUUCGCUAAACAGUGCCUUGCUGUCUUCACCGAAUCUCGGACUUCGAAGGAGUGGUCAAAUUGAAGGUGUCCGACAAAUGCACAAUAAUGCUCCGAGGAGUCAAAUUGCUACAGAGGGAGACCUGAUGGCAUGGAGCAGGAGGGUUGUAGUUACGGAGCUUUCACCUGGAAUUAGAAUAUUUCAGGAGGAAUUGCGUCUUUGCAAAGGAGAUGGAGAAAUCAAUCUGUACACAACUGAGAAAAAACGUAAACCAUUACAACCAACACAGAAGAACGAUGGUCAGGAUUAUUUUCCACAUUCAGGAAGGCGAAUUCAACGGCGAAAUCAACAUUUUUAUCAAACCCGUUCAACUGUGGAACGUCGUACUCGCAGUAUUCAUCGCGUGGAAGAACCAAAUAAUUCUUCGGAGCAGGAAAUGGAGACAGUUGAUGGAAGUGAUGGAUCAUCUGAAGAUGUUGAAGAAGAGUGGCAGAGUGAAAGCACUUCCAGCGAUUCUUCAAGUGAGUAUUCAGAUUGGACAGCAGAUGCAGGCAUUAACUUGCAGCCUCCCAAGCGACUGGUGAGACGAAAAGUAAGACACAACAGGAGCAGCUCUGACGAUGAAAAGAUGGGUGAAAGAUUGACUGUAAAACGUAAAAAAUCCAAACAGUCCAAGCAAAAGAUUAAACUUUCAUGUAGGUUUUUCCUUUUCCAGAGGCCAGGUGAACUUGCAUUGGAUGGUGUGCCUGUUGAAGAAUGGAUUCCUCCUGCUUGGAUCAGCGAUACCGUUCCACGCAGAUCGCCAUUUGUGCCCCAAAUGGGCGAAGAAGCUGUAUAUUUUCGUCAAGGACAUGAAGCAUAUGUGAAAGCUGUUAAAAAAGCAAAAAUAUACAAUGUAAACCUUCAGAAGCAACCAUGGAUCAAAUUAGAACUCAGGGAACAAGAGAUUGUGAAGGUCAUUGGGAUCAAGUAUGAAGUUGGACCGCCUACAUUAUGCUGUCUGAAGCUUUCUCUGUUAGAUCCUAUUACUGGCAAAAUGACUGGAGAAUCUUUCUCUAUUAAAUACCAUGAUAUGCCAGAUGUCAUUGACUUUUUAGUUUUGAGGCAAUUUUAUGAUGACGCUAAAAAGAGAAACUGGAAAGUUGGAGACCGCUUUCGCAGUAUAAUAGACGAUGCCUGGUGGUUUGGGUCUGUGGUGAAUCAGCAUCCGUUUCAGCCCGAGUAUCCUGACAGUUUGUUUCAGUGUUAUAAUGUCUGCUGGGAUAAUAAUGAGUUGGAGAAGAUGAGCCCCUGGGACAUGGAACAAAUACCGGAAAAUGCUACCUACCCUGAAGAAAUUGGUGCUAGCGUUCCAGUCACACCGGACGAGCUUAAAGACUUGUUAUAUAAACCCCAAGAAGGUGAUUGGGGAUCCUGCUUUGCAAAUGAAGAAUGUGAACGUAUCAUUCAGGGAAUUGAUCAACUGCUAGCACUUGAAAUAGCAGCACCAUUUUCUGCUCCAGUGGAUCUCAAUGCCUACCCAUUGUAUUGCACUGUGAUUGCAUAUCCAACAGACCUGAACACCAUCAGGAGGAAAUUAGAAAACAGAUUUUAUAGGACGAUUUCUUGCCUAAUGUGGGAAGUAAGGUACGUUGAACAUAAUGCUGGAACCUUCAAUGAGCUUGGCAGUCCAAUUGUCAAGUCGGCAAAGUUAAUCAGCGAUGUGUUACUGAAAUUUAUUAGGGACCAGAACUGCACCAAUAUUUUAGAGCAGUAUGAAAAAACUAAGAUAGAGGAGCUCAGUGAUGAUGAAAAUGACAAGGCUUCAGAGUUGGAUUCAGAUGCUCCUGGGACCUCCUCAGACACAAUAUUUUGGCUCCCAAGCCAACUGAAUAGAAGACCAUCGUUAAAUGUUGACGUGCAUACUUGGAAGGAACAGUGCAAGGAGUUUCUGAAUCUUAUGUUUCAGCGCGAAGAUUCUGAACCUUUCAGGCAGCCAGUGGAUCUCUUCGCUUAUCCUGACUACAGGGAUAUCAUAGACACCCCAAUGGACUUCAACAUGGUGAAAGAAACACUUGAAGCGGAAAAUUAUGAAUCACCUGUGGAGUUUUGCAAGGAUGUUCGAUUAAUAUUCAGCAAUGCCAAAGCGUACACACCUAACAAGAAAUCAAGGAUAUACAACAUGACACUCAAGUUAUCUGCCUUAGUUGAAACUCAAAUUAAAAACAUCAUCUCUAACUAUAAACUUGCCUUGAAGUGCCAAAAAAAGAUCAAACCAAGACAAAAGUAUAGGAAAAGAUUCAAAAGCAGCAGCAGUUCACAAUCCAGUAGCAAGAGCAGUUCACGGUCUGGCAGCAGGUCCACUUCCCAGUCAAGCAGCAGGAGCAGUUCUCAAUCCGGGAGCAGUUCACGAUCCAAAGGCAGGAGCAGUUCUCGAUCCAGAAGCAGAAACAGUUCUCGAUCCAGAAGCAGAAGCAGUUCUCGAUCCAGAAGCAGAAACCGUUCUCGAUCCAGAAGCAGGAGUGGAUCUCGAUCCAGAAGCAGAAGUGGUUCUCGGUCCAAAGGCAGGAGCAGUUCUCGAUCCAGAAGCAGAAACCGUUCUCGAUCCAGAAGCAGGAGUGGAUCUCGAUCCAGAAGCAGAAGUGGUUCUCGGUCCAAAGGCAGGAGCAGUUCUCGAUCCAGAAGCAGAAACAGUUCUCGAUCCAGAAGCAGAAGUGGUUCUCGGUCCAAAGGCAGGAGCAGUUCUUGGUCCAGAAGCAGGAGCGGUUCUCGAUCCAGAAGCAGAAGUGGUUCUCGGUCCAAAGGCAGGAGCAGUUCUUGGUCCAGAAGCAGGAGCGGUUCUCGAUCCAGCAGUCGUGCAUCCAGCCACAAACACGGAGCAGCAAACACUCCUAAUACAAUUCUGACUUCUUCGCCACCCUAUUUUGUAAGAACGAUUUCAUCAAGAUCAUCUCCAGCUUCGGAAACAGAUGAACUUUCAGGACGAUUGAAUAUUGAGCUUAAACAUCCACAUGUAUUGCCACUUCCUGAGUGGGAUGCACAGGAUAGGAUUCAAAGUGAUUCGGAGUCUGAAAAUACAAGCAUAAUCAAGAACACACCUACACCAGUAAAGCAAGAUCAAUUGUCUAGUGGUCCUUUAGUUAAUGGCCAUGAAAUGCGCACAUCUACUAAAAGAAAGUUGAUGAGUGACUCAGAAGAAAGUGAUUUGGACGAUACAAACCAGGGGGAGAUGGAAGAUACUGCACAAUUAGACAACGAUGCAUCAGCCAAAUCUGGGUCCGGAUCUGAAUGCGGGCCAGAAUCAGUUUCAGGGGUUGAUAAAGAUCAUGUUGAAGGAGAUCAUGAUUACAGCAAGGUUGUGAGAAGAAAGACAACAGGGAAAGGAAAUAUAAAAAACAGAGUAGGAGUAAGAAGAAAAAGGAGGAGGAGGAGGAAAGGUUUCAAAUUUACCACGCCGACAAACAAAUAUAAAAGGGCACGACUGAUGGAUGAUUGGUUUGAUGAAGAUGAAUUGUGCAUUGAUCGAUUAAAUAAAUGUUCCACAAUUAGAACUAGAAACCAAGGCAGAAGAACUGUUUUAUAUAAUGACGACUCUGAUGAUGGCUUUGUAGCAACUGACGAGCCCCUAAAUCUUGGCACGUCAAGAUCAGGAAGAAUGAGGCGAAUGACAGAGAAGGCUAAGGCAAGUCACCUAAUGGGAUGGAGUCAGUGACUGUUAAAGGACAGAACAUUUUAAGAUGAAUUUAUUUAUACUGCAGGGAUUUGAUAUGCACAUUAUUUUUACUAAUUUAUGUGGGAAGAGGGUGUUGAUGGGUGGGUGGUGAGGGUAUUGCUCAAACUAUUAUUUUUUGGCAAUGGUGGUUAUCCAGUCAUCAAAAUGCACUUCGGUCUCCCAAACCGAUGCUAACUGACUGCUCAAUCCAACCUUGGAUACAGUAUAUCCUUAAUGCAUUAGAAAAUAUCACUGUGUCAGGGUCCUAAAGUCAACAUCAGUUAUAUUUUGGCCACUUUACCACUGCAAUUUUUCGCAAAUCUGGACGGUGUUUUUAUUUAUCAAAUAAACAUGUGACAUAAUUUAACUAAAUUCCAGCCAUAACUUCUCCAUAUACAAUAACAAGCAUGUUCUGAAUUUUGCACAAUUCUUCCAGUCUCAGUGGCAGCUAUUAAAGGUUUACAACAUGACUAAUUUCACUAAUUAAGAUUACACCUUAUUUGAUCUGCACUGGAUUUAUUUUUUGAUUUAGUUCGAAUUGUAAUAUAUAUUAUGUGUGUUAACCUGUUUUUAUUUUGAAGAUUAAUUUUGUAUUCAGUUGUGUAUUUUGUCUUCCAGUGAUGGCGAUAAUGAACAAAUGAGUGGUGCCUUUGUAAAUGUGGUUAAUUUAUGUAUGAGUGAUAUUUCAUGGCGUUUUGUAUUAAUUUUGAACAAGUUGAGAUAUGAACUGCAAAGCUGUUUGAAAUGGGUUUUUUUUUCAAAUGUUUACACCCACAAAACAGACAUUUAAAAUUGCCUGUACCUUUUUCAUUGUUUUAUGUUUUUUUUUAAAUCUUUCCAUUUUAAUGGUCUUUUCCACUCAACAUUACGGUACUGCUUUCCUUCAACAAAGAAAUUGAAGAUAAUUAUGUUUUGCAGAUUACUUUGUUGCUGCUGAUAAUGCCUGCGCUUUUGUGCUAGGGAAAGAGACAACUAGUUUAAUAUCACUAGUUAAUUAGAGUAUCGCAGCAUUGAGUAACACAUCUAGAAGCUUGACAGUCCUUUUACCAGAUCAAAAUUGUCAAGUUAUUCAUUCUGUUUUCAUGUUAACUAUGGGCAUGUAUUUGGGGGACCUUCUUAACACCUCUUUUGCUCUUUAUGGCUUAUUAUACUCUGGUUUUACCUUCUACUUCUAAUCCUCCCAAGAAGAUGAUGAUGUUCAGCAACUACAACAUUUAAUUGAGAAUUUGAGCUCAGACUGUUUGAAUUGCAUGAGAAAAUACACUGAUUUUUUUAGAUGUUUCUUGAAAAUGACAUCUUAUUCUCACUGAAGGAAUCCUAACACCAAUGGAAAUAUGGGACACAGUUAUAAACUCCAUUAGUUUGUGGGUGGCUUCUAAAUUACAUCUAAUUCACCACUUUCUGUUCACAUGCAGCUCUUUACUGAGUGGUCAAUAUAAGGAUUGCCAUGUUUAUCCAGGUCCAGUACACAGUGCUAGUAAGAUUUUCUGAGAAAAUCAUGAUUAUUAAUAGAUAUUAAUUCAUUUUUAGCAAAUUGUACUAUUUAAGUUCUGUUCAAACCUGACACCACCCCCCCCCCCCCGCCUUCCCCCACACACCACCCAUCAACACCAUCUCCUCCAUUCCCCAAAUGUGAGAUUAGCAUUGUAUAGGUGCUAUAAAACUACUUCCUAUUUAAAGUGUUUCACUAAAGUUGCUCGAGGAAUAUGGUUAUCUGUACUCGAACUUGUGCAGGAAGAUCGGGAGUCCUGUUUAUUUUUCUACAGAAAAUGUACAUUGAACUCAUUGUUUCUGUUAUUUACUAUAGAUUCUGCAAAUCUUUGUAAACCAGUCAGGAUGUUUUGGAAAUGCUCUAAUCACGGCUGGACAAUCAAACUGAAUUGUAUUGAAAUACAUUUAAAAAUAUAUAUAUUCUUAUUCAGUAAACAUUGAAGUGCAACUCUAGUGAAAUACCUUAUUAAUUCUACUCCAAAGAUUUCAUACUAAGAAGGUAUUGUGUGCUCCAUCUUCUCCCGCCCCUUCCUAUAAAAUCAUGUGGAACACUUUCCCAAUUCAUGAAGAAACAAUGUGUGAAUUACUUUUGCUUAUAGCUGUCGAUUUGAACCAAAACCUUCCAGAAACGUGGCUUAAAAAUGGACCAGAUUGUAUCAAUAAAUUGACUUUAAAUAGAUUUUUCACCAAAUCCUUAAUAUUGGUGGCAGUCAUUUUAUAUAUGUUAGCAUAAAUCUAUUUUAAAAAGUCAGCAUUUCAGGGAUUUUUCUUGCCACUUAGGCAGACCAAACGUAAUGUUGAUAUGCAAACAUAUACUGUGACAUACGUUUGACAAUUUUUGUAUUGUAAAAAGUGUACAUAUGUAACCAUUUUGUUUAUAAAAUAGUUACUACACCUGUU